CUGGCACCGAAUAGGUUAUGGCUGAAUAACACAGUUUACGGCUCGCAGCAUCCCUUGAUUGCAAAGGCUAUCGAUAGAUACUGGAAGAUGUGGUUCACCAACUGCUUAGGGAGCGCGGGCGCAGUCCCAGUGCUCCAGGUGCCCGGCUUUCCCAUGGCUCUUUGCGGGGAUGUGGGAGCCUCGUCCCUCCCCAGCGAGCUGAUUGUACAUAUUUUUUCCUUCCUGCCGGCUUCUGACCGGCUCCGGGCCUCCGCUACCUGCUCACGCUGGCGAGAUUGCCUCUUCUACCCGGCUCUAUGGCCUGAGCUCCGCCUGGGCCUGCGAGUGUCAGCCACGGAGCGUCCUCGCCUUGAAUUCCUCAUGAGAAAAUGCGGGGCCUUCGUGCGGGAGCUAAGAGUUGAAUUCGCCGCUGAAAACUACACGGCCGGUGGCUCCUCUACCGCUGAGGCGUCAGAAUCCGACGUGACGCCCCCGGCCUCCUCCUGCUGCUGCACCGCAUACUCCGAGGGGGAUGACGGGGCCCAGGGGGGCGUAGGGAACGAAACGGAUGCACAGCCUUCUUCCCGCUGGCUCGAUGUGUUGCGCACUUACCUGGAACUGGUGCUGUGUGUGCUGAGCAGUGUCAGGAAUAACAGGAACCUCCAGAAGUUAAGCCUUUUUGGUGACAUCAGUAUUUUGCAACAGAAUGGCACUAUAACAAAUGCUUACCUAAAUAAAGUGGACCCUGGUGGGAAAAAAAUCAGACAAAUACAGCAGUACUUUGAAGAAAUAUUGAGGAACAGCAGGCAGUUAAAAUGGUUGUCAUGUGGAUUUAUGCUUGAGAUUGUUACUCCAACAUCUUUGUCAUCAUUAUCUAAUCCAGUUGCCAACACCAUAGAACAUUUAAGUUUACUGGACAAUCACACUCCUGCUAACACCACCCUGGUAACUGCUGUUGAGCUGGAGCGGUUUGUUAAUCUUCGCUCUCUUGCUCUGGAUUUUUGCGAUUUCACAGCAGAAAUGGCAAGAGUGUUGGCUAACAACAACCAUGUGCCUUUGCAUAGACUGUCCCUUCUUGUUCACAACACUUCACUCAAAAACAAGACCCUGGAUAAAAUGCCAGAAGAUGAAGAUUGGAAAGCCCUAACCCGAAACAGUGGUAAUCUUCGUGUCUACAUGAUGGCAUUUGACGUCAAGAGUGAUGAUAUGUUAAGGAUUCUAAAGCCCAGCAUACCAUUAGAGAGAAUUCAUUUCGACAGCUACAUAACAUGCGUAUCGGGAGCGGUUGUAGACCUCAUCUCUAGGCAGUAUGACGCAUUCCUUACUCACUUCAUCUUAAUGAAUGAUGUCAAUGAUAUGUCUGGCUUCCCAGAUCUCAGUGACAAUAGGAAUGAAGAUCCUUUGGUUCUUUUGGCCUGGAGAUGUAUGAGACUCUCUCUUCUGGCUGUUCAUGGUUACACAGUUUGGGCACAUAAUCUAAUCGCAAUUGCCCGUCUGCGUGGGCCUGAUUUGAAAAUGUUGGAAGUGACAGAAGAAAGCAUAGACUUUGAUCAAAGCGAGCUGGCAGAUCAAGAUGUGGAUCCAGUACAUAACCUUAUAGAGCAGGUAUCAAUUGGACUUGCACGACCCUGGCGUGCCGUCAUGGACAUAGAGUUGCUCAGUGUAUUCACAGAGCCUUCUCGCCAUUUUUACAGAGAGAUGCAAAACUUCAGUGAAGGCAUUUAGUUUUUCUCCCCCCCCCCCUUUUUUUUUUAUUAUCCUAGAGGUUUCCUGUGGUUACAUAUGCAAAAUAGGGUCCUAUUAUGUUUUCUCAGUAGCGUGAACUAAUCCUUCGUGCUGUGUUUAAUCAGUAUUAGCUAUAUAAAAUUGUAUGUGUGUAUCUACUUCUUGAUCAACAAGGAAAGUCGUGUAUUGGUUUAGAAGUCAAAAGUGACAUUGUUCAGGGCUUUCACGGUUAAAGUACUUUUGGUCUCCAAAUACAGCGGUUCUUUAUCGAGAGAACUGCAUCUCUAACCAGAAAGCGUAUGCAGCCCACUGCAUAAAUAGGUGGUGCAGAUGCAAAUAAGGGCACUUAUUAACUUUGGGGACCUAUGAUUAUUGUGUAUUCAUUGCAGGCUGUUAUGCCUUUUUACAGACCAAUGUUGGGAUUCUCCAUAGAUGAAACUAUUGUUCAGAGAUUUACAUCUUUACAGGUUAAGAUACUUGAAGACCGCCGUGAGGCUAAGCGCAGAUGAAUCAAUAUGAUAAGUUUUUUGAGCCGUUUGAGGAGCUUUCCAUUGCAAAGAUGGGCUUGUUGGCUAGCAGAUCCACUGACCAGCUAGCAAAGAUGUUGUUGACCACAUAGAAGUUUUUCUCAGGUUACUAUAUAACUUUGGCAUUUGUAUUUUUUGGUUUUGUUUUUUUACCAAGUAAUUAUGCAUUUUGCUAUGUGUUUAAGUGGUGUGCUCAGGAGCCAAACAAUAAUUUCCUUUUACAAUACCUGUAUCCCAGUGGGUGUGCAUAGUAUAGAGUUUGCUAUUUACUUGGUAAAGAAUUACAAACUGAAGCAGUCUUUUAUAGUGAAUUGGUUUCUUCUUGCCUAAAAAAAAAACCAGACCUAAAAUCAAGUACUUGGUUUAUUUCCCUAUAUUCUUAGAUCAGCUUUCAAGUCUUAAUUGUGAGUCAUUUUGGUUCUUUGUGCAAUGCAAUGUUAAUCUGAAAUACUGUUUCAACUUUUAGAGGAGAGAACAACAUAUGUUCACUUUGGGGGGUUUGUAUAUUUUUUUUUCCCCCCCUCCCCGAGAUGGAUUUUUUUUUAUUUAAUCCCACAUAAACGUGAACGCGUUUAAGGGAGCAAAUUUACAAAAGCAAUGUGUUGGCAAAUCUUUAGUCGUGAGAUCCCUGGCAACCAAGUCACUGGAUUUUCUCUGUCAGCGCCUGUUUCAGCUGCCAAAGAAUAGAUUAAAAAUGGAAGAAGAGCCCACAUGCUGGCAGGGCCAGCCAUCACCAGGUCGGCCAGAUACUGCUAGAUUGUAAUAUAAAAAGGUCGAAUUUCGACCUGUGGUACGCAGCUGUGCUGUGGCUCAGUCACAACCUCAGAACUCUUACACUAACAUGCACCUGUUUCACUGUGACUAGCGAAUGUAGAGAUAGGAAGAGAUAAUGAAAAAAAGCUUGUUCUAUCGCUGGUAUAAGCUGCUAUAAUGCAUGAAGAACAUUCCAUGAAGUUUGUUUUAAUAUCUUGUUAUAUCUGAAAGGCUUCACAAGCCUAACUAACUGUUUCAGGGCAACCGCGGUACGGACGUGGUCUCUGUGAGACUUCCACCUGACCCCAGUUUUAAGUGGUACGAAUGUUGUGCAUUUAAUGAUAAAAGGACAGUCUGCAAUAAUAAAAACAAAGUUGAAGUGGCCAACGUGGGUGCCCAGCAGUGCUGAGACCUGGCUGCUUUGAAAAAAAUCACUUUAUGCAACAGAUGUCCGGAUAUGAUUCUAUUUAUGGAAAAAAAAAGUUUAUAUGUGUUUUACAAAUGGUUUUACCAUCUUAUAUUUAAAAAAUGACCUUUGACAGGUGUGCACUGUUUUGUCUCCAGUGAGCACAUACCAUGCAGAUUUUAUAUGUACAUCAGUAUAGAAGAUCCACUGGCACAGUGUGUGGGGGGAAAUGCCAGAAGUGGUAAAAAUUUUAUCUUUAUAAAUGUGAUCAGAUAAAUGGGAAAAAAAAAUGGAACUCCUGACAGAAAACAAGGAAACCAGCCGUAUGUUUGAAAUGACUGAUACUGUUUGGUUUAUGUUAAAUGUAUAUUCUUUUAAUCAAUGAAUAAAGCAUUAAAAGGCA